AUGCAGUCAGCACGAAAUUUUGUCAGUGCCAAGAAUUCCACACGUACAUUACGUCUCGCAUGGUGUAUGUUCUCAGCUGGGAUUGGUGCUGGCACUUUAUUUACAUUUCCACAAAUUGGUGUUGAUGUUGGUUCAUGGGGUAUUAUUGGGUAUACUCUAUCGGGUAUAAUUGGAAUGAUGGUCUUAAGUCUUGUUGGUCCCUAUAUGCGAUCUGCAUUGGGUGAAAAUGUGACGAUGACGGAUGUUGUUUCCCAUCGAUUUGGGCCAACUAUGCAACUCUAUGUGGGUUUUAUCUCGAUGUUUUAUCAAUUUAUCUGUCUAGCAUCCGAGUAUACAUCAAUUGCAAAGCUAACCAUCAUGUUAUCCCCUGAUGCUCAUCCACUUGUGACAAUUCUCAUUGUUGCAAUUCUUACAAACAUUUAUCUUGUAAUUGGAGGUCUACGUGCAAGUUUAGCGACGGAUUUAUGGCAAGGUGUUGGCGUUAUUGUCUUAAUUACAGUCGUCUGCACUGAGAUGUUUCUCUUUGUAUCAAUUCCAAAGAAUGCAUGGUCAAAAACAAAUGUUGCGGCGUUUACAACCACGGGCUUUGAAACACUUGUGACACUGGUCAUUGCUGUCACGGCAUCCAAUUUAUUCUUUACGGGCUUUUGGCAACGCGUAUAUGCUGCCUAUGAUAACACUACACUUCGAAAAGGAGCGAUAGUAGCUAGUUUUAUCAUUGCAGUCUUUACCGUGACGCUUGCAAUGACUGGUAUGGUGUCGUAUCUGGCCUAUCCUGAUGGCGACUUGUUUUUCGCAAUCCUGAUCGAUAUGGGUCACGUCUGGCAAGUGCUCAUUGUUGUGGUCAUUGCCAUGUUGUCGAGCGGAGUGUCUGAUUCUAUUCAAAUGGGCUUGGCGGCUGAGCUCACAACGUGCUUUCCCAACAUGUCGUUGCUGCAUGCACGCAUCAUCUGUGUGUUCCUCAACGCUCCUGCUAUUGCUAUCGGCUACCAGCGGUAUGAAAUUCUCACGCUCUACCUUAUUGCUGACUUACUGUGCACGGCUGCCGUUGGUCCCAUGCUACUCGUCGUGUGGAAGCGUGCGACUCGCACGGGAGCACUUGCUGGCAGUGCUGCUGGAUUGGCCACCAUCUUCAUCUGUGGUGCCAUCGUGCAAGACAAGUUCGUUGGCGGCUUCAAUUGGUUUAUCCUGCCCGAAGGUCUCUAUUCGCGGAACAGCAUGAUCACCUUUAUUGCCACGUUGAUCGUUCCACCUGUCGUAACUGUGAUCGUGUCUUUGAUGACGGAACCGAGUGUCAUCGAACCGGCAAGAGACAACAGCUAUCUGUUGCAACUGUCUCCAGUCCAAGAAAGCUCCAAAGUUUAUGAAGGAAGGCGCGAGCUGUGA